AUGUCUGCUCACCACCACACAUCUUACAUCGCCGUGAUCGGCGGCACUGGGGCCCAAGGCAUCCCCGUCGUGCGCGGUCUGGUCAAGGACAAAAAGUACCGGUGUCGGAUCAUGACGCGGGACGUCAAUUCUCGACGGGCCAAGGAGCUGUUUGCAUUGGGAAAUGUGGAGUUGAUGGAAGGCUCUUUCGCCAGCGAAGGGGACCUUCGCAAAUUGUUCCGAGGCUGUGACGGAGCCUUUGUCAACAUUGACGGGUUCAACUGCGGCGAGAAAACGGAGAUCUACUGGGCAAUCAGAUCGUAUGAGCUGGCUCUCGAAGAGGGGAUCAAGUUCUAUGUCUAUGGGAACCUCGACUACGUCUACAAGAAGAGCCAGUACGAUCCCAAAUUUCGGACCGGACACUAUGAUGGCAAAGGCCGGGUCGGAGAAUGGAUCCUCACCCAGAACAAGGACAACCACCACCGCAUGGGUGUCGCCGUCUUUACCACUGGACCCUAUAUCGAAAUGAGCAUCGCCAAACAUACCAUCUUCACGCCCACGGUCGAGGACGGUGUUGUGACAUGGCGAUGCCCCAUUGGAGACGGGGCUGUGGUUCACGUCGCGCUGGAUGACUGCGAGUACUACGCUCGCUGGCUGUUUGACCAUCCGGAGAGAUCCAACGGCAUGGAUCUCGAAGUUGCCAUCGAUCACAUCCACUACGCCGACCUGGCGAAAGCGUUUGAGAAGGUCACCGGUCACCCGGCUCGAUACAUCGACACCGAUCUGGACACUUAUUGGGCGACUGGCAACGUGGCGGCGGCUGCCAACAGUGGGGCAGGGUACAAUUCGGACCCCAACGAUCCGGCCUUUAUGACCUUCAAGCAGAACUUCACUGGUUUCUUCAAUAUGUGGAAGUAUUCCGGGCGCAACGAGGGUGUCAUUCGUCGAGAUUACAAGCUCCUAGACGAGAUCCACCCCGCCAGGAUCAGAUCGGCAGAAGAGUUCUUUCGAAAGGAAGACGCUCGAGGCCAGAAACUGGGACUAGGGAGUCUUUGGGAUCGUGUGCAGCCGGAAAACCUCAAGCCUGUGCUUAAGCUCGGUGAGGACAGGCGGAAGGGGAGAUUGUAG